AUGGCGAGCACAGCGAUUCGAUUCGUCGCAGGAACCAAGAAGUCUCCCCUUGGAACCCUGUAUAUGCAAUGCCACGUCAAGCCGGGUGCAUCUCGAGUUCGCGAGGGCGUCACGGCCGUGACCGACGCGACCGUCGAGCUGUGCGUCUCAGCACAGGCCCGAGAAGGCGAGGCGAACAAGGCAGUUGUGAAGCUGCUUAGUGAGGUCCUAGGACUUCCAAAGUCUGACCUGACCAUCACUCAGGGGCUGAAGUCAAGAGACAAGACGGUCGCCGUUGGCAACGUCAAGGAUGGCGAUGGAUUCAUUGCGAUGAUCCGAGAGAGACUUGCCAAAGCUGCUGAGGAUGACUGA